GGGUGGGGUGCUGUUCCCCGCUGGUUCUGUAACCCCUCCGGCCCACCAAACAGGCUGAAGUAGACAAGUAGGUCCGCAAGGACCAACUGUCCCCAAACUCCGCAUCUACCUGUGAUAUUGAGGCUGGUGACCCAUCCCCUCACUUGGUGACGGGUUCAAUGACUAAGUGAUUGGUGGCUGGGGCUGAGGUGCCUGAGUCAGGCUGGGGGUGGACUGGGCUGCCACAGGAAGUCAGACACUUAAUUCCUCUUCCAAAAGAAGGCAGAGGCUACAGGCUGGUGUUGAACACACCGUCCCGCACCGACUGGGGUGAGGCCGAUCGGUUAUGAGGCCAGCCGUGUUUUUCUUGGGGGCCUUGGUGGGGCUGCUAGCAGCCCAGGGGACCCGGAGCGACUGUCCCCAUAAAAAGUCGGCCACCCUGCUGCCCUCCUUCACGGUGACCCCUACGGCUACAGAGAGCACAGGAAGCCCUGGGACCACCAGCCACAGCACCACCACCGCGGAGACCACCAGCCAUGCGCCCAACACCACCACUCACCAGGCCCCGACAACCCCGGGGCACAGAAACACCACCAUUCACCCAACCACGAGCAACAGCACAAGCAACACCACGGGCACCACGGGCACCGGCAAACCCCACACCUCCACCAGCUACACCCAGCCGGGGCCAGGGCCAAGGCCACCACCUCCCAGUCCCGGCCCUGGCCCCCAGGACGCCAUAGGAGACUACACUUGGACUACGGGUUCCCAGCCCUGCGCCCGGCUCCAAGCCCGGAUUCAGAUCGGGGUUGUGUACCCAACCCAGGCCGGAGGCCAGGCCUGGGGCAUCUCGGUGCUGAACCCCAACAGUACCAAGCCCUGGGGGGACUGUGACGGGGCCCGCCCCCAUCUGCUUCUCUCCUUCCCUUUCGGGCAGCUCAGCUUCGGGUUCACACAGGAGCCGCAGCAGGGUUCAGUCUACCUCGACUACCUGGCUCUGCAGUACAACGUGUCCUUUCCGCAGGCGGCGCAGUGGACAUUCUCAGGUCAGAACGCAUCCCUCCGAGCUCUCCAAGCCCCCCUGGGCCAGAGCUUCAGCUGCAGAAAUGCAAGCAUCCUUCUUACGCCAGCUCUGCGCCUUGACCUGCUCCACCUGAAGCUGCAGGCUGCUCAGCUGCCCCCUUCAGGGGCCUUUGGGCCAAGUUUCUCUUGUCCCAGCGAACACUUCAACCUGCUGCCCCUCAUCGUCGGCGUGAUCUCACUCGGCCUCCUCGCCCUGGCGCUGGUUACAUUCUGCAUUAUCAGGAGACGCCCACCCACCUACCAGCCCCUCUGAGCAUGUCCCCAUCCUUGAUACCAGUAUCAAGCUUGGCGGGGGGGGGGGGGGGGGGCAUUCUCAUCACCCAACUGACUCAGAAACAAAGUUACCUUCCUUCUCAGUCUUCUGGAACAAAAAUAGAACUAAUGCCAUCUGAAGGGAUGCAGGAGAGAGAAAGGGUCAUAAACAUGACAUAGUUCUCCUCCCCCAUCCCCAGCAUAAUAAAACCUGCUCGAAACACUGUC